UUUCAAAAGCCCCAAACUGACGUAUUAGGGUUCUCCUCUUUUUACAUCGGAAUUUUUCCUUUCAUUCAAGAUCAGGAAAAGGAUUCCAAUCAUUUGAAACUACAAAUUUUCAGUCGGUUUGUGAUUCAUUGCUCCCCCCAAUCGACUGGGCUAUUCACAAUGUCUGAGAUAAAGUCAUCUGGGAGACCAUUUGACCAAUUAUUGGAGAAAGUAUUGUGCAUGAACAUACUUUCUUCCGAUUAUUUUCGAGACCUGUUGAAACUGAAAACUUAUCAUGAAGUCAUUGAUGAGAUUUACGUAACUGUUACACACGUGGAGCCAUGGAUGACUGGCAACUGCCGAGGGCCUUCUACUGCAUUCUGCCUUCUCUAUAAAUUCUUCCUCAUGAAGCUCACUGUCAAACAAAUGCACGGAUUAUUGACUCACCCAGAUUCUCCUUAUAUUAGAGCAAUAGGAUUUCUCUAUUUAAGGUAUGUAGCAGAUCCAAAGACUUUAUGGGGUUGGUGUGAACCAUACGUUAAAGAUGAUGAGGAAUUCUCUCCUGGUUGUAAUGGCCGUAUGACGACAAUGGGUGCAUAUGUGAGGGAUUUGCUUCUUGGUCAGUACUACUUCGAUACACUUCUUCCUCGUAUUCCUGUCCUGGUGUUACGCACUAUUGUUGCCAAUCUUGAAAAUAUGAAGUUGCCAUCUAAACACUGUGGAGUUACUGGUGAGACCACUCGUGGAAGUGAAGAGACUGCAAGAAGACCACCUUCUGUCAAGGCUGCUCUUUCUGUCUCUUUCGGUCAACGUGCCCCUCAUCGGACAUUAACUAGAGAUUCAUCUCCAGUUCGGCGUACUGUUAAUCAUUCUUAUGAUCGUGGUAAUGAAUCAAGACGAUCUCCCCAUCAUUCUGGAAGCCAAAAUGGUGAUUUAUCUGAUCGGGAUUAUCCUGGAAGAGAGAGAGACAGGGGCAAGGACGGCAACAGUGAUCAAGAAAGAACCAGGGAUCGCUAUAGAGACAGGGACGAUGAAAGGAGAAGAGAGCUGGACAAAGGUAAAGAUAGAAAGUACGAUGAUUAUGACAGAAGGUCCCGAGACUCCUAUAGAAGGAGUUAUGAUAGGAGGGGCCGUGAAGACUACAGGAGAGAAGGUAGUUAUGAUAGGAAGGGCCGUGAAGACCACAGGAGAGAAGGUAGUUCUCGCCAUAGCCGAAGCAGGAGCAGGAGCCGGAGUCGAAGUCAGAGCACCCAUGAUUAUGGUAAGCAUAGUGUAAGUAGUCACAAUCCAUUUAGCCAUGAAACUAAGGAGAAGAGAUUGGCAUCGAGUAAUCUGGCCGAGCUUAAAGAUCUGUACGGUGUAUCGAGCAAUCAAAAGGAUGGCGUGGCUGAGACCUCAGAGGGUCGCCCUUACAGGCCCGGUGGUACUGAGGAGGUGAUCAGACUAGGUGGUUCUUCAUGGAGGUAAACUUGCAAGCAUCAACUCUCUCCCGUGAAGGAAAUCACUUUCGAUUUGAUAUUCAUGGUUAUGUUAUUCACUGUAUAAGCCGACGAGUGGCUGACUGAAUCAUCACCGGAAGCAUGGCGGACACAUGGUUGUAAUUUAUGGCGUAGUAGAUAGCAUCGGUGCAUCAACGGAUGUCGAUUUAUGCAUGCAUAAUCAAGCACUGUGUAAUGUAUUUGUAGCAUAAUUAGAAAAUGAAAAGGGGAUGUGAACUACUCUGUUCUUGGUUAUUGGCUAAUGGUUAGUCUUUGGAUA